CUUUGCAACAAAAAAAUUAAUAAUAAAAAAAGAAAAACAAUCCUCCUCACAAUUCUCAACUCAUUCCCAACAGCCGACUGCAGCAGAACCCCUCUUUCAGUCUUUCACUCGCACUACCCCCUGUAAACGCCAUCACCUUCGCUGUCGCCGGCGACUCCACUCUCUCACACCGUCGUCGUCUUAUCCAUUUCACUUCCUUUGAAUUCUCUCCUUCAUUUUCCAUACCGCAGAGAGAGAGAGUUAGAUAGCAGAAGCGGAAGCAGUAGCUGGAAGCUUCUUCAUUAAUAAAGAGAUGGCCAGAUGGGAUGAGAUUCUGUCCCUUCCUGUACAGAAUCCUCCAACCUUAGAGUUUUCUGCUCUUGAUCUGGUGUGGUCGAAGGUGGAAGGUUGGCGUGACAAUAUGGAUAGACUUGCUCUGAUCCCCUUUGCUAGAGUGGAUGAUUUUGUUAGGGGUGAAUCCGCAAACAAGGACUGUCCAACAAGAUUUCAUGUUGAAGCGAGGCGGAGGAGGAGUCCAACAAUGCCUUAUAAACCAAAGGUUGAUGGGGUUCUAGAAUAUAUUCUGUAUUGGUGUUCCUUUGGUCCUGAUGACCACAGGUCGGGUGGCAUCGUACGGCCUAGUAGGAGUACUUAUGUGCCAAAGAAGAAAAAUGCUGGUCGACCAAAUACCAAGAGAGGUUGCACCUGCCACUUUAUUGUGAAACGUUUAAUUGCUGAACCUUCAGUAGCGCUUGUCAUAUAUAACGAGGAUAAGCAUGUGGAUAAAAAAGGGCUGCCAUGUCAUGGCCCGCAGGACAAGAAAGCUGCUGGAACUCGUGCUUCAUUUGCCCCAUACAUCUCAGAAGAUCUUCGUCUUCGUGUGUUAUCACUACUACAUGUGGGAGUUUCUGUUGAGACCAUAAUGCAGAGACACAAUGAAUCAGUAGAAAGACAGGGUGGUCCAAGUAAUCGUGAUGACCUUUUAACUCAUCGGUAUGUCCGGAGACAAGAGAGGAGCAUUCGACGUUCUAUAUACGAAUUAGAUGCAGAUGAUGCAGUCAGUGUUAGCAUGUGGGUGGAAAGCCAUCAAAGCAAUGUUUUCUUCUAUGAGGAUUUCUCUGAUUCUGAACCUUUUACUUUGGGCAUUCAAACAGAGUGGCAGUUGCAACAAAUGAUUCGUUUUGGUAAUCGCAGCCUUGUAAUCUCUGAUUCAAGGUUUGGAACAAACAAAUUGAAGUAUCCAAUUCACAGUCUCCUUGUAUUCAACCCUGACAACAAAGCCAUUCCAGUAGCAUGGAUAAUAUCUCCAAGGUUUGCAAGCUCCGAUGCCUAUAAAUGGAUGCGUGCUCUUCAUAAUAGAGUUCAAACAAAAGAUCCUACAUGGAAGUUGGCUGGGUAUAUUGUGGAUGAUCCUCUAGCUGAUGUCUACAUGAUCAGGGAUGUUUUUCAGUGUUCAGUAUUGAUAUGCUUUUGGAGGGUCCGCCAUGCAUGGCAUAAAAAUCUAGUAAAGAAGUGUAUGGAAAAUGAUAUGCGAGUUGAGAUAUCAAAACGACUUGGGGAAAUAGUGGACAGCAUCUGCAGAGGACAAGGAACCAUACGUUUGUUUGAGGAUUUGAUGGAAGAUUUUGUUGAUGAAUCAGAUUUUAUGGAUUACUUUAAGGCUACCUGGUAUCCUAGAAUAGGGAAGUGGAUCACAGCACUGCAAACUCUUCCUCUUGCCAGCCAGGAGACUAGUGCUGCAAUGGAGUUUUACCAUAACCAACUGAAGCUUAGGCUGUUGAAUGAGAAAGAAUCUAGUGUUUAUCAUCGAACUGACUGGUUGGUUGAUAAGUUGGGUACUAAAGUGCAUUCGUACUUCUGGCUCGAUGAAUACUCUGGGAAAGAUAAUUUUGCACGAUAUUGGAAGGAAGAGUGGGUGAGUGGUUUAACAUCUUGGCGCAAAGCUUUGAAAAUUUCAGACUCUGAUUUGCUCAUGGAUGGUAGAUGUGCAAAAGUUACUGACCAGCUUGAUCGAGAUAGGGUUUAUGUUGUUUGGAACCCUGGUUCACAGUUUGGUAUAUGUGAUUGCAAUUGGGCACAAAUGGGUAACAUGUGCGAGCAUAUGCUAAAAGUUAUAAGUAUCUGUCGCAAAAAGAAAUUUGUCAUGCCAUCUAUCAGCUUAUUGCAGUAUCACCAGGCAUUAAUGAGCAUUCUGCACUGCCCACCCCAUGAUUCUUUGGUUCAUGAUUAUGCUGUUUCUUUAUCUGUCUUUGUAAAGAAUCAGAUAGAUGUGCUGGUUGAUUUAGAAAGCAGCAAUACCACUGUGGAUCAAGCAGUUUCUUCUAGCGAACAUCAACAGUCUAUGAAUGAGAAUCAUACAAAUGAGAAUGUAAUGUCUCAUAAUGAGAAUGCUUCUAGGAAUGGACUUGAUGUUUCAGCUAGAGUUAUGGGCGAUGCAGAUAGUGAGCUGAAUGAUAUGGGCAGUGGGAAUGGUGCAUCUGGUGAGAGUGCUGAAGUAGAAAUUGCUUGUGCUGAGAUGGAUGUUGACCCAUCAUCCAUCUGCAUAUCACCACCUGGGUUAUAUUCUGUUGAUGAGGUUGUAUCUAAUGGUGCCUUCUCAGUGAACAGAGAGAUUGACACAGAUAAUGAACAUUUCCCCUCCAGAAGUGAUGCUCUUACAAACAAAAAUUGUCUUGAAGAUGAUGUCUUAGCUAAAGGUCGUCAAGAACGUACAAUAGAUGUUGAACCACUUUCUGUUGAUAUCCCUCCGUCAAUGUUAGAGAUUGUGGAGCAGUGUGCGGUGACUAAUCGAAGUGAUGUCCAUAGCCAUGAUGUUAAACUCAUUGGUAUUUCUAAUAUGCAGGGUGCAGAUAACCUAUCUAACAAAACUUCCCCAUCUAUAGCAAUAGCUGUUGAGGCAGAAGAGGUUGAAAUGUCUGAAACUGCAGUUGUUAUUAAAGAGAAUGAGCGAAUGUAAUUUGAAAGUGACAAUGGAAGCAUCAAUAAGUAUCUGCAGUCUUGCAGUCUACAGAAGAUGCUAUUGCAUAUGAGGUGCACUGUGAUGUGACAAAUGGUUGUACUCUUGCUCAAAUCGAAGGCAUGCUGCAGUUUAUGAUGUAUAUAACACAAUCGUCGAUAAAAUGCUCAUCAGCAUCAAACUACAGAGGUAAACUGCUACCUAUUCAGGUUGAAUCUAAAGAAAACAGAUGGUAAUACUUACCAUUUUUGUUUUUAACUCAAGCAACUAUUUCUAAACUGAAAACGUUGCUAAUUAUGUUAACAGCUAUAAUGAGAUGAUCAGUCAGCUAGAUGCUGUUUCUGGUUUCUUUUAAGCUGCUGUGAGAGAAAUGAUUCAAUGUAAAUGAGACUGCAGGAGACUCUUUUUCAAAUACAGUGUCUAACACACAUCAGAUAUUUGCUGGAAUAUGCCCUUGUGAUAGUGGAUCUGUAGGCGGUUUCUAAUUUACUUAUCUUUGUUAUUCCAAAUUUAAGAAUUUAUGCCGUUUAAUUGUACUGAUUUAUUCUUACUUUGAUCAGUCUCACACCAUUUUGAUGAAGUUUCCAAGGAGGAAGUAUAUUUGGCCUGGUGGAAGGUGAAAAGGUUGGCCUACAGCUGCAAAUUACCACGUCAAGUUAACUGCAUAUGUACAUCUUGUGAAACAUUAUACAUUAGUAGAAGACUCAUUUGACCCCCUCAAGGAGGGAGAAAGAAACUCUUGUUUGACCUAUUGAGCGGUUAAUGUUGUCUAUUUUACUUUCUUUUAAAAACGUUCUGCAAAAAUUUAUCCAUAGAAACUGUAAUCUGCUACUUUCUUGGAGAAACGCUUAGAAAACUUGAUCAGUGAUUUUACUUUAUUUGAGUUCCCAAAUAAGCUCCUUGAACA